AUGGCUCCCAAGGCCAGAAGAGGUGCCAAGGGGAAAAGCUUAAGCUGGCGAUCAGGUAUUCCUACGGGCUGGAACCCCGAGGUAGAAGAUUCAACCGACAUUGGGUUCCCCAACGCAGAGGUUCAGUGCUACCGCAAUGCAACCCUUCAAUUGCUGUUGCAUGCGCCGGUACUGUGCAACUGGCUCAACUGGUAUAAGAAUCACCAUGCUCCUGUAGGGUAUACCUGCAAGCGCGGCGACAAGGGCACAGAAUGCAAGGUGUGCCAGUUUCAAGCCCUCUGUGCCACCUACUGGGAUGCCGGUGCUGGCAAUUGGAAGACUGCACUCAAUAAGAUCGCCACUUCGGUAUAUGCAACAUGGAGAAAAGAUGCCGCAGAUGAGCAAUCCGACCUUUCGGAGUAUCUCGAAGAGAUUGUCACCCAGCUCAUUGAGGACACAAAGCCAAUGUUCCGAUGUGAUAUCGAAAAUGCGCUCAAAGUGGAGAUCAUCGAGGUGAAGAAGUGCAAAGGCGACAAAAGCUGUGCGCCCAAAUUCAGGGCAAGCAAGGAGGUCUUCCUGAGGCUCCAGUGGCCAGCGGAAAUUGAAGAGUCAGCCUCGAUCGAGGAUAUGAUGGAUGAGAUGUUUACCAACGAGGACGCACGAGGCAACUGUGAUACAUGCGGAAAUGCCACCAUUUGGACAGAAAGAUUGGGACAUCCCCCCGACCUUCUCCUCGUCCAAGUCAAUCGUCUCAACAUGGCGGGUGAAAAGAUCGCUGAUCUGAUCAAAGUGCAAGAGAAGAUCACUCUUUUAGGCACAUAUUUUGAUGAGCGCGCAGCGACAAAAGAUAGACUCAACAAAGACAUCAAAUAUGAGCUCACCAGCGUGGUUUUGCACAAAGGAGCGGAGGCUGGGGGAGGUGGCCAUUAUACCAUUGCCGUCAAGGGUCGUGGAGGUACCUGGAAGCAUUUGAACGAUGCCGUACUCACAGAACUCGACUUUGGUGAUCUCGGAAGCAAAGAAGUCGGCCAUGACGCCCAUAUCUUCAGCUAUCGUCGAAUUCCUACACAUGACGACGCCCCUGGUCCUGAAGAACUCGAGGUAGAGCCCGCGGAGAUAGACCUAGAGAGCCAGGUCGCAGUUGCUUCCAACCAGGGUCUCUCUGGUACAACGGGUUCCUCUAAUACAACGGAGAACAGAGUAGGACAGUCUACGGAGAUCCAAGACUUGAUUGCUGCAACCGUGAAGAGUAUUGUGCCAGAGAUUUAUAAGGUAAUCAAAGAUUCAGAAGCAAAGGAGAAAGCGAAAGAAAAAGCCAAGGAGAAAGAAAAGAGCGCAGAAGAAGCAGAUGAAUCCAACCCUUUGGACUUCGAUAGGGGACGUGGAACACUCCGAAUCACCGUAUCUGGCGAUAAAGAAGGAGAUCCAGCCCGAUUAGAUCUCUUUGUGAAAGGUUUGGUGCAUAACAAGAUUGAAGAGGACAAGAAGGAUGCAGAAAAGGAAAAAUUAAAGGCAGUAAAGGCAGCAAAGAAGCCGCCACCCAAAGCCAAGGGUAAGAAGAGAAAAAAGGCUGGGGCUGGAGGCAAAGCCAAUGCCAAAGUCCCCAGAACGAGCGACAAGGGUGGAGAAGCAGAGACAGAGGUAGAGGCUGAAGCAGACGCCGGAGCAGGUGAUGGAGCUGGUGAUGGAGCUGGAGCUGGAGCAGAAGCAGAGUCAGAAUCAGUCAAUCUAUCUGAUGGGGAAGAAUAUAUAGAGGCAGAAAAGUAG